AUGGCAAGUAAGAAGAAGGAUUUCCAUCGUCGAAACUUAUUUGAAGCUGAACAAAAAAUCAAUCGAUCAGAACAAGAAAUAGCAGUCAUUAGUGAAAUUUUACAACAAUCAUCAUUCACUCGAGGGAAGUCUAUCAAUGAAAAUGAGACUAUCGAUCAACAUAUCAAUAUUGUCAUCGAACAAGUAUCUUCGCAUACGAUCAUUGAAACUGGUAUAACACAUUCUAGAGUGAAAACUAGCGGUCAACGGGUACGUUGGAAUAUUCUAGUUAAUCUUCUUGUAUGGCUCGUUAUUACAUUUCCAUUUUGGAUUCCAUUUCUUUCAAACCAAGUUGCUUACUAUAUGAUAGCAUCGAUUCAAGGUGUUUUCGUUUUCAUGUGGACUAUUAUUGCAAUAUUGGCUGUGAAAAAUGUCUUCAUUUUGUAUGCCAAUCGCACGUAUAAUUAUACAGAAAAUAUCACUAGUCUCGAAAAAACACGCAUUCGUCAUAUUGUUGCUAUUAGUUGUUACAAAGAACCACUCGAAGUGAUUGCAACAAGUAUUCAAUCGGUGGCCAAUCAGACUGAAGUACAUCGAAUAAUCAUGGUGAUCUCCUUCGAAGAGAAAACACUUGAUAAAGAAGAGAAAUGUAAAUGUUUAAAUAAAAGAUUCAAAGAUGCUGGAUUUGAGAGAAUCAUAUUUACAAUUCAUCCAUAUGGUUUGCCAAACGAAAUUCCAGGUAAAUGUUCGAAUUCGAAUUAUGGUAUUCGAAUGGCUGUUAGUCAAAUGGAUGUUGCUGAUGAUGAUAUGGACAAUAUUCUUGUGACAUCAUGUGAUGCUGAUUCAAAAUUUCCACCAAAUUAUAUUGCAGCAUUAACUUUGAAAUAUCUACAAGAGAAUAAACCAGCAUUAACUACGCUUUAUCAAUCACCUUUGUUUUACAAUUGGCAUUUGGAUGGUUUAUCAUUUGUGACUCGCGUUACAGGACUUAUGCGAAGUUUAUUGAUACUCGGUGCCCUAAUUCCAUUUAGUAUCAAUACAAUAAGUAUUUUUUCAUACCCACUUAGUCUAGGAAAAAAAGGCAAAUUUAUUCAUCCAGCAUAUCAAAUGGACGAUACCAUUUGUCUUAUUCGAUGGAUGAGUGAAACACAACAACGUCUUCGAAUCUCGAUGAUUCCUGUACCAGUCAUCAGUGGACCGACGUCAGGUGAAACCAUAGAAACCGAAAUCAUAGAAUGGGCAAGACAAGCACGUCGUUGGACUAUUGGGAUUGCAGAAAUCUUUCAUUACUUUAUCAUCAAAGCGAAGCGUAUACCAACAAUGGUAGCCUUAUCUUGGGGCUGUCUCUUCACUAUCUAUUAUGGAGUUCUGCUGUGUACAGCUGGCUUGUUUGGUUUAACAUCUAUGCUAUCGAUGAUUCUACUCAUCAGACAUCUUCCACCAGUGAUUACUUAUGUUAUGUAUGGCCUCUUAGGUGUACAAAUGCUAGCGUUUUUGGUUGCAUUCAUUAUCGAUGCAUUCAUUGUUCAUUUGAUGAAUGUUCAUCAACGUAUUUUUAUUCUUCGCAACGCAUUUCAUUUCAUAUCAACACCAUUUGUACUCUUAGGUUAUUCACUAGUAGGGUUCUAUGCAUUACAUGAAGUGGUUAUAUUCGGCAGGAAAGUCUGUAAACAUGGAGCAUCAGAAAAGAAUGUCUUAACCUAA